CAACCCAUCUCUAGAGGAGCCCCAAUGAGCAAUAGCGAAACGAAAGCAAAAGCAACAAAAACAAAAGCAAUGAUCCAUUGGAACUAGGAUUAUAUAUAUAUAUAUAUAUAAUAUUAGCAAACGAGCGAGACUGAGCCCGCGGCGGCCAUGCAGCGAUCCCAGGCAGCGGACCAAAAGACGACCAGGCUGCACCAGCCGCACAAUCAUUCCCACAACCACAUUCUCCUCCAGCAGUCGGAGCUGGGUGAGCACAACAGCAACGAUACAACGACUGGCGCCGCUCGCGUCGCAGCCAGCAGCAGUGCCACGCCCCUGGCUGGUGCCAGCUCUGGGCCCACACCCCCCCGGACACUGGCCAUCAAUCAGAACCAUCGGUAUGCCGCCUCGGAUACAUCGGGGGACCAGGAUCAGGAUCAUGAUCACGAUCAGGAGCAGGAUGAGGAGCUGCUGGACUCGCGCUACGAAUGCGCCAUUUGCAUCGACUGGCUGAACGAGCCGGUGCUGACGUCGUGCGGCCACCGCUUCUGCCGCAGCUGCCUCACCGCUUGGCUGCAGAAGAACAACCAGUGCUGUCCGCUGGACAACAAACGCCUGUCCGCCGAGCAUGACAUCUUCCCGGACAACUAUACGCGUCGCGAGAUCGAGCAGCUGAAACACAAAUGCCCCAACUCACCGCUCGGCUGCUCUGUGGUGGCCUCGCCCAUCGAGCUACACCGUCACCUGCCCAGCUGUCCGUACCGCCGGCAGCUGUCGCAGGAUCCGCCAGAGGAGAAAUGCCCCUUUGCCAAGAUCAAGUGCGAUUUUGUCGGUCGGCCCGAAACGAAUCAGUUGGAGGAGCACCUCAAGGCAGACAUGCCACAUCACAUGCAGCUGAUGCUGCAGGCCUUCCAGCAGACGGCCAUUGCCACCUGGCAGCCCCACAAGCCCAGCACGAGUGGCGGCGGCGGCGGAGCCCUGGAGAACGGUCAUGGUAGCCAGCUGCCGCCGCCGCAGCAAUAUGCCAACGGUGGCAUGGGCGUUGAUGAGCAGAUUGUGCAAACCAUGUACCAGCGCAUCGUGGUGCUGGAGCAAAGGACUCGCGAGCAGGAGACACGCUUGGAGAACUUGCAAAAGCAGCUGCGCAUGGCCCGCCAGUCGUCGUCGUCAUCGGUUGAUCCACGCUACAGCAACGGUACCAUUGUGUGGCGCAUCGAGCAGCUUGGCGCCCUGGUGGCCCGCCUGCGUGCCAAUGCCAACAAUUUGGAGUACUCGCGUGAGUGCUAUACCUCGCCGCAUGGCUACAAGUUCUGUGCUCGCCUCAACAUCCAGCCUCGGAAGCCGCACGUGCUUAGCCUGCAUGUGCAUCUGAUGCAGUCGGAGAAUGACUACCAUCUGGACUGGCCCUUUAAGGGGCGCAUCAAGCUGUGCAUGGUCCAUCCGGUGGAUGCAUCGCUGUCGCAGCACGACACCAUUAUGACCAAGCCAGAGAUCCUGGCCUUCCAUAAGCCACGCGAGGCGAUCAGCACGCGGGGCUUUGGCUUUCUGGAGUACGCCAACAUAUCGAACAUCAUUCAGCUGGGCUUUUGCGCCGACGAUCGGCUGCUCAUCAAGAUUGAGAUCAACAUUGUCUGAUGCGGAUAUAAGUAGGUGUGGAGUUCAAACUUCUCUGCUCAUCCCAGUGGCGUAGAUUAUGCAAUAACUAACCAUAGCUGGCAUAUACUAUAUAUAUUUUAUAUAGAACUAUAUAUAUAUGCUAUACCGAUAUAUAUACAGCUCAUAGUCAUAGCCUCUCACUUGAAGCAAUCUGGAUGCCAUCUAUCCGCUCUAUUACUCCGUACUAAUCGAUAUUAUCUGUGUAACUAUCAUAGAGCUAGGCCUCUUCCUCAUAUUGUAUAUUAUGUUUAAGCUCCUAUCAGUGUACUUAAUCUUUAGUUUUCAAAACAUUCCUUCCCUUUUGUCAAUUUAAUUGAUUUUUCUCUUUGAUUGUUAACCGAGUACGUCCAUAUUUCUCAUUAAGAUUUUUCUUGUUUGCUUGAUAUUAGCUGCUUGGAAGGAUUAUCUUCAGUUAUUAGAGUUUUAAGGAAUCGGGGGGAAAAAAAAACAACGAAGGAGGCAGCCAGGGCUGCAUGUAUGUAUGUAUUAUUUCAAAACCCAAUCCCAAGUCCCCGUCCCCGUCCCCACACUUAAUAUGUAGUAGAAAGUAGCUAUAAGAAUCUCGGGAUCCCCAGUUUUCGCUUAGGAAACCCCCCAAAAAAUAAAGGACACUUUUGUACCGUCAA